AUGUGCGUGGCGGAGAAUCAUUGCGAGCACCCGCUCUUCCUCAACAUGCUUCGAGUCGUUGCUGCUGCCGGGAACAACUACGUCCCCCCCAGAUGGGACUACAUCAGAGGAGUCGGGCUUCAGGAGUGCCGCAAGCGGAUUGAGAAGGGGUUGGCGCCUGCUACCAAGACGUGGAAGGAGACGGGCGUGACGAUCGCCAGCGACAUGAUCGCAAACACGAGCGGGCACGCGCUGAUUAACAUUAUGUGCAUCAACAAUAGUGGUGUUGUGUUCUCCGAGGCGGUUGACUGUCGCCUGGAGGUGAAGAGUGGCGCUUACAUUGCUGGCAUCCUGCGGCCGAUUAUCCAGAAGAUUGGGCCGGCGACAUCGCCGCGCUGUGCAUGGGCGGCGGCAGCAACUACGCCUCCGCCUGCAAGCAGUUGGUGCUCGAGUGGCCGCAUAUCGAGAUCGUCCCCUGUGCCACCCACGCGCCGGACUUGCGGAUGGAGGACAUCGACAAGAUGGAGUGGGCGUAGGAUGUGGUCGAGCGAGCGAACGACCUUAUUACAUUCCUCCGCAUCCACCAGUGGACGCGCGCCUUCUUGCAGAGUCCCGAGCUGCACGGCGGGAAGUCGCUGCAGUCGCUGCAUGCGUUUGGGGUCACAGUACAUCGCAGUGUCUCGUCUCUGCGAGCUCCGCCCGGUGCUGAUGCAGAUGGUGGUGCACGGCGUAUUGAAGGAUUGGGUGGCGAGGGAAAAGAGGGCGAUAGCGGAGCAGUUCAAGGGGUGGGUGAUGGAUGGGGCGUGGUGGAAACGGGGUGGAGUUUUUUGUGAAGGUCAUGGAGGUGCCGUUCCUGGCGAUGAGGAGGAUGGAUUCGACAGCGAAGGGGAUGAUGGGAGUGAUGUACGACCUCAUGCUGCAGCUGAAGGUGAUGAAGGCGUGGCUGACUCGCUCAAAGGCCUUCGUCGAGAAGUACUGGAAGAGGUCGAAGAAGGGCACGUCCAAGAGUUUGCAGGAGGGGUUUUAGCGUACAUCAAAUGUGAGGGGAGUUUCGGAACGGAGGAGGCGAUGACGGGCCGAGAGGAGCUGAAGGAGGGGAAGGGGGACAUGCUGGCGUGGUGGCAAUAUCACGGCUGGGAGUAUGCCGACCUGGCUGACCUUGCGCGUCGUCGGCUGUCCCAGCCCGUUUCUGCUGCCUCGUGUGAGCGGAACUGGGCUGUUUGGGAUGGAGUGCACACGGCGCGCAGGAACGGGCUUGGGUCGGAGAAGCCAUUCCACUCCCUUUCUUCCCCAUACCCACUCCCGUCCCUUGGUGCCCCAUACUCAAUCCCGUCCCUUGUUGCCUCAUGGCCACUCCCCUCCCUGGCUGCCCCAUACUCACUCCCCUCCCUUGCUGCCCCAAAGUCUCCCCACUCCGUUGCUGCCCCAUAG